UUGUUUGACAGGCUUUGGAUUCCAUCGACUGGCGCUGGGCUUCCAUCGGCUUCGCAAAGCUACCGCGAGUACUAGAAAAAACUUUUUACAGCAAGCUGUCGCAGCAGUUGGUAAACGGAAACGUUUUUUUUUUAAUGGAAGAAUGCUAGUUUUUGUAGUUUGUUUUUGUUCAGUUGCUUUGUAGAGCCUAUUUGACGGUUUUGAUUAUCAUGACGCUGAGCAGCGCGCGAGAGGCAAAAAGCACCAAGAGCAAAGGUUUACCCCACGUGCGCAUGUGUCGUUUCGCGUCGAGCGUCUUGGACGUUUCGAGCGUGCAGCGACCGCAAAAUCAGCUGGCGAUGGCUUCAGUACCGUGCGACACAUUCCACAGAAACAUCGAUGACAUCAAACGCAGCAAAGACGACUCGCUAGUGCUGGCGUGCAACAACCUAUGUGGCACCAAGUGGGAGGGCUCGGUGCGCAUCUACGCCAAGCUGGAGGACAUCCCGAGCCUGGAGAAAUGCGUGGCCUCGGUGAACACCGACUCGACUGUGACCGACAUUGUGCCCUUGAAUCCGGGCCGCUUCAUGCUGGGCCUCGACUCAGGCGGUGUGGAGAUGAUACAGCUGGCACAGGAAGAGCCCCACCUGUUGGACACCGUGUUCUACAAGCGGGACCACGACAGUGGCGUCACCUCUCUGGCUUUGUCACCCGACGGGAAAUGGCUGGCCUCCACAGGAUGGGACUAUGCGAUCAAAGUGUGGGACAUGAGCUCCAUGGAGUGCUCCAAGACAUAUGUGACAGCGCACUGUGAUGCAGUCUGGAAGGUGGUCUUUUCCACAGACCCCAACGUCUUUCUCUCCUGCAGCAAGGAUGGGAAGGUGAAGUCUUGGGACAUGAGGCUGAGCAAGCUAGCCACUGUUCUAGCUGAUGACACUUGUGGCCCAACCACGCUGGACUGGCAGCCCCUUAGUGCCAGCAGCUAUGCCGUCGGCCAGCUGUCGGGGUCCAUGGUAGUGCGUGACCUCCGACAACCCAAUCAGGACGUGCUUCGCGUGGAGUUGAGUCAGCGGCCUCUGCGCCGAAUUCUCUUCUGCCCAGAAACGCCAAGUUUGUUGGCGGUGUGUGCUGAUGACUCGAUUGUGCGGGUGGUCGAUGUGUUGAAGACAGAGGACAGCAUCAUCUACAACAGUGAGGAGCACACAGACUUUGUGCGAGGCCUGUGUUGGACUGGCCAGCACACGCUUCUGUCUGCGGCCUGGGAUGGCAGAGUCCUGCAGCAUUCGGUUGGACCCUCACCCGAGAGCGGAGAUGCACCACCCUCUGCCCAAUAAACAUAUUUGAACUAUUGAA